GCACGACUCCCAUUGAGCGGAGACGCUUCACACGAUCAUAAGACCAGGACGCCGUAUCUGAGCACCGCAGGUUGAUUCACUCCUAUUUGAAGGCCGUUUAUAGAUAUAGGAUAUACUAUACGAAGAACUGACGAUCUGCACUCCUGCCUACGUUUCUCUGCUAGACGACAGAGGAGGUGGUUGUGUGAGGGGAGAGUGUGUGAGUGUGUGUGCGAGUAAUGGCGGAGCAGCAGAGACAGCGUUCACUCUCCACGUCGGGAGAAUCCCUAUACCUGGUCCUGGGAGUUGAUAAGAACACCGCACAAGAAGACAUAAAGAAAUCCUACAGGAAACUAGCUCUGAAAUUCCACCCAGACAAGAACCCCGACAAUCCAGAAGCGGUUGAGAAAUUCAAAGAAAUCAACAACGCUCAUUCCAUUUUAUCAGACCCCACCAAACGCAACAUCUAUGACAAAUACGGAUCUCUGGGCCUUUACGUGGCAGAACAGUUUGGAGAGGAGAAUGUUAACACAUACUUUGUAUUGUCCAGCUGGUGGGCCAAGGCAUUGUUUAUAUUCUGCGGUGUGGCCACGGGCUGCUACUUCUGCUGCUGUCUGUGCUGCUGUUGUAACUGCUGCUGUGGGAAGUGUAAACCUCAUCCUCCGCAGUCAGAUGAGCCGGAUUUCUAUGUGUCUCCUGAAGACUUGGAAGCUCAGAUGCAGUCUGAUGAGAGAGAUGGCAGCAGCCCCAUCGUGAUGCAGCCGUCCUCUGCCACAGAGACCACUCAGCUGACUGCAGACUCUUACCACACCAGCUACCGGACAGACGCCAGCUAUUAAAUCCUCCCUCGCUCUCUCACAUGUGAGACCACCAUCCCCGGAAGAGGUCUCUGUGGGGAAUGAGUGAUCCAGAGGAAGAGGAUGAGGGGGUUAGUUAGUUCCAGAUCUUCUGUUGAAAAACCUGAAAUGCUCCACUGUACAGGGCAAAAAGCGAGUUGUUAUUUGUAUCUGCCUUUUACCUCUAUAGUCCCCAAACCUACUUAUAUUCAACACACACACACACAAGGACUUUCUUACAGUGUCCAUACAGUCUUCCUGCUUUGAUCCAUGCUUCAUCUUUCACACUGCAUUUGUCUACAUGAUCAGUGAAGAUAAUUUUUAUCAAUCCUAUUUGAGAAUUAAUUCGUAACAACAGGACAUACACACAUAUUUUUGUAUGUUUUAAUGUAUUCAGCUAUGGUAAUGGCCAAUGAAGCUGGUGU